AAACAGUCGAAUUGUGUAAAUAAAUGCUCAAAUUUUGAAAAUAGCGUGAUUUAAAAAAGUCGGUUGGCACCCCUUGCUGUCACUCUUCUCAUCAUUGUUUACAAACACCAUGUCAAAUCUGUGCAUAAUUUGCCUAAACCUUGACGAAAACACCAAAAUCCUGAGCGAGCUCGACGAAACCGACGUCCGUAUUAUCAUAAAACUGCAGCGAUGCGUCCCCGAAGUGGAGUGGAAAAUCGAUUCGCAGAUUUGCUUCCCGUGCCUGCAGCAACUGGACACCGUGUGUGCUUUCCGCGAUAUGUGCAUUCAGUCGUACUUGGCCCGCAAACACGAAGACUCCAAGCCCCCCAACCCUGACCCUUGGGACUACUCAGACCCGUGCUGCCGCAGCGACAGCGACGACGACAAGUCGGGGGCGCCCGAUCAGCACUACGUCUGCUACCACUGCGAGGCCAAAUUCAAGUCAAAAAGUGUCCUUGAAGCGCACAUUCAGAACGAACACACGAAGAAAAAGCACAAAGUGAGCCCCACGUGCGACCAGUGUGGGAAAGCGCUAUCGUCGGAGAGCGCCCUCAAAAGACACAAGGUGAUUUGCGGGAAACGACAAGCUAAAGUGCAGGAGAGCAAGCCCUAUAACAUUUGUGACGUCUGUGGGGCUUCGUUCAGUAACAAGUAUUUGUUGAAGCGCCACAUGAAGAACGUGCACUGCACGGAGAAGAAGUUUCAGUGCGAGUUGUGCGAGCGCAAGUUCGCGUCGCACGUGUAUUUGAACGCCCACAAGCGCUACCAUUCCGGGGAGAGGAAGCACAUUUGUUCGUUCUGCGGAAAGGGGUACAUCACGGCGAGUGAUUUGUACCACCACGAGAAAAUACACGCUAAUAAGCGCGCCUAUAAGUGCCAAAUUUGCUCAAAAGCGUUCAAUACGUCUUCAGAUUUACAUAAACAUAAGAUUUGUGUUCACCAGGACCGGUCUCAGUGGAAGUAUGAGUGUAGUUUUUGUCAGAGGAGGUUUCCGCUGAAGACGAACCUGGACACUCAUACUAAGACCCACACGGGCGAGAGGAACUUCUUGUGCCAUUUAUGUGAUAGGAAAUGUAUUAAUAAGUCGGUGUUAAAAAGACACAUCGAGAGCCACUCAAUCGCAAAAACUUUCAAGUGCAAUUUGUGCCUCCAAGGCUACAAGUACCAGAAAAGCUUGGACAUUCACAUGGUGAAAGUGCACGGGAUCGGGGAGGCCAAGGUUCCAGAAAGAGUGAAAAAGUACUUUUGUAGCAUUUGUCCUAAGAGCUACUUUGCGAACAAUAAGUUACAAAAGCACAUUAGGUCACACACUGGAGAAAGACCAUUCGGGUGUCCCGCUUGUGAUAAGUGUUUUAUUGAUAAGUCAUACAUUAAACAGCACUUGAAGACUGCCCAUAAUGUGUUUUAA